AUGCGCCCGCCCGGCCGCUCGCUCCGCCGGCUCCGCCGCUCUGCGGGGCCCCGCCGCCGCCCUUCUCGCGAGACAGGCCCCGCCGGCCGCCUCGGCCCGCCCCUCGAGCGUCCCCAUUGGUCGGGCUCACCGCCGCGCAGCACGCCGGGAACUUCCGGGCCCGCCCCGGAAGCGCCCCGGAAGGUCGCUUUGCCUCCGCUUCCGCCGUCGGCUAACGCGCUGCGGCAGGCCGAGGCUGGCCCCCGCGCCCUCCGGCGGGGACCCUGUGCCCGUGCGCUGCUGACACGUGGGGCAGGCGCACCUUGGAUGCGUGGGCUGCCGUGCGCCGUCGGACGGCGGGCCGCGCCCCUCCCGGCGGCCCUCCGCUUGAUGCGGGUUCCACCGCCGCUCCCCAGCCGUGACGACCAAAAGGACCAUCUAGAAGCCGCAGGUCACGUGUGUAUUCUGAAGGAUGCCUUUGACUUCAACAGCCCAUCCGAGAUCGCAGACCUCAUCCAGGCUGAGGCCCUCGAGGCGGCCCUGGCUCUCCACCUGUACCGAGGAGGCCGGCUUUUGCAAGGUCAUGGAAUUCCGUUUGGCAUCAUCUUCGGUGGAACCGAUUUAAACGAAGAUGUGAACCAGGGAGAAAAAAAACAAGUGAUGGGGAAAGUCCUUGAAGAAGCCAGAUUUGCUGUCGCUUUCACAGAGUCAAUGAAGGAAAUGGCACUCCGGCAGUGGCCGCAUGCUCAGGGUAAAAUCUAUGUCCAGAGCCAAGGCAUCGCAACAGCACCGAACACCACCUUUAGCUGGAACACCUUUCUUCAACGCGCAGAGAUCAAGCAAAGCACUGAUAACUUACACGUGUUUCUCCUGAUCUGUGGACUCAGACAAGUUAAAGACCCGCUGUACUUAGUGGACGCCUUCGCAGAAUGGCAUCAAGAAGAACCCAACGUUUACAUGGUGAUCAUAGGUCCUGAAGUGGAUCCAGUGUAUACGAGGGAAGUGAAAGCCAAAGUGAAGAGGAGCACAGGGGUGCGGCUGAUCCCCGAGAUGCCUCAGGAUGACCUGCACGCGCUGGUGAAGAACUGCUUUGCACUGGUGAACAGCUCUGUGUCCGAAGGCAUGUCCGCUGCUAUCCUGGAGGCGAUGGACCUGGAAGUGCCAGUCUUGGCCAGGGACAUCCCGGGGAACGCGGCCAUGGUGAAGCAUGAAGUCACAGGACUGCUGUUCUCCGACCCCCAGGAAUUUGUUCAGCUGGCGAAGAGACUGGUUAGCGACCCUGCCCUAGAGAAAGAGAUCGUGGCCAACGGAAGGCGGUACGUGAGGAGGUACCACUCGUGGCAAGCGGAGCGAGACACCUAUCAGCACCUUGUCAGGACACUGGAGGGGAGCCCUGAGGACUAAGGGUGCAUGCCAGGUGCCCGUCACAUGCCAGUCUGUGGCUGCCAUCAGAUUCACAGCCCUGGGCAAAUAAAUCCUGGGCCGGCGGGUCCAGCCCUGUAGACAAAGCAAGCGUUUCAUUGGAAUUGUAGAUGUGUCGGUCCUAAGAGGGCUCAUCCCAAAGCCCCCUGCCCUCCUAGUGACAUCCCUGACGUGUUUCCAGAUCAGGCCUGAUGGAGACGCAGAGGCUCAUGGGAAGGGCUCGCUGGGUUUCAGGGGAAUUAGGGCGCGAACGGGAUUCACUGCUUUAGGACUUGCCUGUGGACAAGGGGCUUAUCUGUGAGUCCUCACAGCACAAGCACCUCUCGCCAGCCUUCUGAUGACCUCUAAGCCAACAUCGUCUGUCCAGCAAGCACAAACAAAACAAAUGUUUUGUUUCACUUCUGCAGUGGAUACAGGCAUCCGGCUUUUUCCUAAUCCCUGAACACCUCUGAAUGCCAAGAAAAGUGUUUUCCUUAAGUCAGCUUUUAAGGCCAUCCGACACGACUCGCCCUUCUCCCCAAGACCUCAUCUGGAUACGAGCUCUCAGCCAGUGUAUCCGUCACUCCCUCACACAGUAAAAACCCUGGGCCAAUGCCUGCGUGGGUUUUCAUUGGAACCUGCUAAAAUGUUCCUUUGCGUCAGGUGAAACACAAUCCCAGAAAACACAGCGCAAUUACGCGGGUCCCUGUGUGUAUGUGAUUUCGGUCAUUCUGAACGUGUCGGUGGUUGAGCCAGCUGUCGUGUUGGAAGGACUUAGGAAAUGACAGCCUUUUCCGAAGGGAUCCAUGAGCCAGCGUUUGACCAAAACAAAGCAAGAACUUGCAUUAAAAGCAAGAUGCCGUGAAGCUCCAACUCGCAUAGUGUUUAGCUUCUAAAAACAGUGUUUAGAACAAAAAUCUUGCAGGUCAAAAUUAGCCAUGAAAACAGAGCCUCAUUUGCCUGUGGUUCAGGCCAGUCUCCAACAUUUGUAUCCUUGAUUCAGGAAAUUCUACAUCUUUUGCAAGGUC